GCGGGCGCGGGGCGGCGCGGGGCGGGCGCGGGUCGGGCGUUACCCGCCGUCCGUUACCCGACGGCCCCGGCAGGCACCGGCCCCGGCCCCACCAUCCCGGUCCCAAUGGACGACGCGGAGCCGCAGCCCGACCCGGAGCCGGCCGACCUGACUUAUUUCGGCCCCACCUCCCUCACCUACCUCCCCGUCCUCCAGUGGCUAGCCGAUAAUUUCUAUUUGUGUGGAGGAUGCGCUGUACCCUGCCGGCUACUAUAUGAGCUGUAUAUUGAAACCUGCAAUGCCAAUUUCAAGAUUCAAGUACAUCCAUCCACCUUUGGAAAGCUUAUUCAGUUAGUUUUCCCAGGCCUGGUGACAAGAAGGCGGACCACAGCAGGGAGUAUCAGAUACCAUUAUGAUGGAAUAGCUAUCAAGAAGGAGUCUUCCUUUUAUGCACGUUUUUGCUGUCUUCUGUAUGAACAAAAUUAUCUCAGGCAGUGCUCUCCGGGGAAAGAGAGCAUCUCUGAUGUGCAGCCGAGCACCAGUAGAAGUUCCUGGAGUUCUGAAAAUGCAGCUGAUUACAAGAAGAACAGAGAAAAAAAAGAAACAAGUACGAAUUUGCAGUAUUAUCCAUCUGUCAUUUAUCUGAAGACUGAACAAGAGACAUUUCAUUACCUUUCUCCUGAUUUCAACCAGUUCUUCUUUGGAGAACAAGCACAAAGUGAGACAUACCCCGGUGAACUGAUUGCACUGCUUGCCAAUGACUACUACAACUAUUGUCAAGUUAUUUUACAAAUGGUGAGAGAAAUGAAGCUUGACAAGGUGGAAGACUGUAUCAUGUCAUUCUGGACAUCUCUGCAGCCUGAAAGAAUACAACUGAUGUGCCUGCCAGAUGUGUGCCAGCUGUUAAAAAGCUAUGAUAGGUAUCUAUUCAAGGAAUUGGAGAACAUCCUACUUCCUGAUUUCCUGGAGGAGGUGCCUGCACAACACAUAGACUUAAUCAGAUCAUUCAGUGAAAAUGUUCAAUGUUGGAUGCUUAAUCCUUUGGGAGGUUUUCCAUUACUGCUCCAAACAUCCAAGUCUAAUGAAGCUAAAGAGUUUGUAAAAAGGCUCAGGAGACAGACAGACCUUUGCAACAUGGUCAAGACAGUAAGAGCACUCUUGAACAACAACAGCACAGUCACUGUUCUGCGAUCAGGCUUGCAUGCCAUCUUCAAAGAGAAAUCUCUGGAUGUGACUAAGGACCUCUUUCAAGAGAAGUCUAGGAAUCCAAAGAAACGGCAGAGAAACAUACAAUUAAAAUGUUUGAAAAACUUCAUUUCUUCACUGGCAUCUUCCACAGAUAUUCAGGAUCUCCUGAGCUGUUUGUCUUCAGAUCUCCAGACUUUUGUUAUUAAGCCAAGCAAAAAUAAAGAGGCAUUUAAAGAGCAGGCAUCAGAUUUCAUGUUGAAAUGGAGCCUCCUACUGAGCAAUGUAGGCAAGAUUCUGACCAUCAACAGGACAGAGAGUUUUGGAUCCUGGCUUUUGUUGAAUAUGCUACUUGUUGAUUUUGCGGCUCACAUUUUCCAGUCCUAUAUAGAAGACGAUAAAGAAGAAGGAAAUGCCUUGGUUGCAAAGCAAAAUGAGGUCCCUGUUCUGUGUGUUUACGAGCCCAGCCAUUUCUCAGCCUGUUUUGCUGAGGAGGAACCUCAAGCCAGUGCUCCACAGACAGUUCUUAUGAUGCAGAACCAGAAUAACUUCGGAUUAAGCAAUGCUUUCCAGAGUUCUGAGUUGUUUGGUGAACACAGCCACAGUCAGCAAGCAUAUCCAGGUAAUUUAAGAAGAGAAAAUUAUUAUAUCAAGUACUAAGUUGGAUCUUCAAGUUGGAAAAGAAACAUUUCUUACUCAAAAAGAUGAAUUUCUAUUUCUUUGCCUCCAAUGAACAGCAAAUCUUCAGAGAAAAGCAUCCUAGCUGUAGUAUUCUAAAUGAUAUGCCAUUCUUACUUUUUGAUGAAAGUUUAAGAAAUACCGUUUUCAUUCUCUUAAGUGUAAACUGGGCUAGCAAUGCAAUUAUUUUAAGUUGUCACGUGAUUUGAUUGAAAAUAAUUUGAAUAAAUCUUCAGAAGAUAAAGGUGAA